AAGGAGGAGCAGGAGGGACCUGCUAAUGUCGUGAGCUACGUGCAGAGUUUACACCCACCACCAAAAAUCUCAAUCGGCUACCCCAUGCAGACGCUUGUCAGGAGCUGAUACACCUCAAUACUACAGUUUCACGCCAUUUGAUUAGCGAACGCAGUAAAUUUAAGCUAGUUUCAGUUGUAUUAGCAUCCAUGUACUUACAGUCUGCGAAGCUUGUGUUUAUAUGAUCGACAGAUUUGUUAAAUAACGCGCGAGGGUUUAUGCACACCGUUCAGGACGUGAUUGAUUUAUUUGCCAUCAGUUGUGAGUAAAAAACGUAUCAUAUUGCAGAGGCGCUGAAUCGGAGUUGUUUUAAUCAAUUUUGGGUUUCGGAUCGAGCAGGAGGAGUGGCGGAGAAAAGGCUGGUUAUCCAUGACCUCAGAUUUACAGCAUUACAGUUUCAGGAUGCCAAAUAUAGGGUUCCAAAACCUUCCCCUCAAUAUCUACAUCGUCGUGUUUGGGACAGCCAUUUUUGUCUUCAUACUCAGUCUUCUCUUUUGCUGCUAUUUGAUUCGGUUACGCCACCAGGCACACAAAGAGCUCUAUGCAUACAAGCAGGUUAUUCAAAAGGAAAAGGUCAAAGAAUUAAACUUACAUGAGAUUUGUGCGGUGUGUUUGGAGGAAUUUAAACAGAAAGAUGAGCUGGGAAUCUGCCCGUGCAAACAUGCCUUUCACAGAAAGUGCCUUAUUAAAUGGCUGGAGGUAAGAAAGGUAUGCCCACUGUGCAACAUGCCCGUCUUGCAGCUGGCACAGCAGCAGAGCAUGUCUGAGCCUGUACCACCCAUGCAGCAGCCUCUGCCAGGGGUGGAAAACCUGGUGUAGCCCCUCCUGUUUCUCCUAAAACUGCGACCACCACUACCUUCACACUCCCACUUGUACAGGUACAUGCUCAUAUCCAAGGACAGAGUGCAGGUUUUGUGCCCGGAUCCAUGGUGACUUGUGACCCCCCUGUGUUCCUGUUCUGCCUUGGUGACUUUACAAAGGAUUCGUUCAAAUUACAAUAAUAGUUUAAUUACGCAAUCUCUUCUAUUUGAUUUUGGCUUUUUUCAUUUUUUUCCUGUGGGAUAAUGAAGACUUGAGGUUACAUGGCCAAGCCAUGUUUAUAGUAUCCGUUCCACACCAAAGCACUUUUUUAAGGGACACCAGUGAGGCAAAAAAGACAAGGAUUAACAUAACAUAACGCAUUAAGAAACACAAAACAGCUACUUUUUAAACUAAAGUUUGUUUUAACAAGCACUUUACGCAAACUAAAACCUAGUUGCGUGUGAUGGUAGCGAGAUUUUUAUUUUGUAUUUUAUGAUUUCAGUCUUUUUUAGUUGAUGUACACAGAGCCACAGAGCAAACCAGUGGUUUUGUUUGAUUCAAGAGGGUUACAUUAAUACUGUAUAUUAAAGGGACAGCAGCUCUCCAUUGUGUAUAUGUUUGUUUGCGUGAGUGUUUGAAUAUUGAUGGUCAGUGGAAAGAAACUUAGUUUCACACAUGAACAAAACAGAUCCCUAAAAACACAGCGGAUCGUAUUAGUAGCGUUUGUAAAUGUUGCCUUUUAACACUGAUCUUGGACAGUGUGUUUCAUUGUGGUUAAGGUAUACAUUUGAGAAAAAAGGGAGUGUCUAUAGGGGUAUAUUGGUAGAUAUGGUUCAUUGUGAACUUGUAGCUCGUGGCCAAAAAACAAAAAAGUGAAUACAGAGCUUGUCUUAGUAAGAACAUUUACAUCACAUCAUAGUCAGGAUGUGACCCGGCAGUAUUUGACCUGUUUUCUUUGUAAGUUUUUAUGUUUGAACUGCUUUUAACUUAGGGCUGUGUUACAUACAAACACACACACACACACACUUCUGGUAGCUUUUGGUCUUAGGCUGUAUUGUCUGCAAUUGUUGUCUACAGACAAUCAUUUUGACUAUAUUUAAUUAGAUAGCAACCAAACAGGUUAAGACAAGAGAACAAAUUAGCAAUGAUUUGUGGACAAAAUCUGAACAAAAUAAACAAGUGGACCGGUACACUUUAUUAGAUAUGCUUAAUAAUUCUCAUACAUAAGGGAUGCUUUAGACCUGAUUCAAUUAACAUGACAAAUUGGGUGUAUUUCAUAAUUGGUGCAUUCAUUUCAUACCAUUUUCAGGCCCUCCACUUAUGUUACUAAAACUAUUCCCUAAAAACUCUGCUUUCAACUAACUGGUCAUAGUCAGAGCAUUAGUCAGUUUCUGGCUUCAAAUUCCUCGUCCACAGAGAUACUUGUUUUAGAUUUGUUUUUUAGUGGUAAAGUACUUUAGAUGUGUUAAUGGAAAUAGUUCCAAAUUAAAUUAUAUAUAUAUAAGAUCAAAGAUGGAGUUGUCACCUAAUUGGAAUUGUGACAUAAUGCCAAGCAAACCUUGCAUGUCUGUGUGUGUUUACAGACACCGGCUCUCAUAUUGUAGCACAGCAUAUCUUUCUGAGUUUUCUGAAAAAUAUACUUGGCAUAAAGCCCCAGAUCGGUCUUCAACAAAUAUUAAUAAAUCAAAAUGAUGCUCAACCAAGGCAAAUCAAACUAGACACGCUACAGAAACAAAGUCCAGUCUGACCUGAAGUCAUUGGGACAGCAGAAUACUUUGAAUUAGGUUUGUAGACUGUCUAGUCUAGUAUCAUUCCAGCAUCUUUCAGCAUAUCAGUAUAUUAGUCCUGCAAUUUUUACUCAUAGACACAAAGAAUCCUCAGCUAUUAAGAUCAGUGACACCACUCAUACAGACAACAAUGCUCUACAGCAGGUUGGAGCUUUCUUUAUACUCUAUAAUAUAAUGGAAGUUCUGGCUCUUUCCCCACUCUCUGCUCUAUUGUACUGCGUUCAUUUAGAGCCAAACCCCCCCCCCCCCCAAAACAUCCAUGGGUCAUGCUGGGUCUCUGUGGCCUCCCUGUUAUGGCAGGCCAAAAGGAAAAAUUUUAGUGUAUUGGAUAUAGAAUGGUGGUCAGGGAUUGAUCAUAAAACAUGAGUGGGUCAUAAAUGAUGACUGGCAAUGAACAGCCCUUUCAUUUUGUUGCAAAGUAGAAUCAUCUGACAUAAGUAAUGUUUUAAAUUGAUCCAAACUAAGUGCUGUCUGGUCAUGGUUUGAAUGGUGUACCAAGCAAACUGCCCACCAAGUUCUACAAUAUAUCUUUUUGUUUUUGAGAGAGGAGGUUCAGAUUGUGAAUUUUAAGUUAAGCUUAUUUAAUGUGACAGUGUUUAUAUAUAUAUAUAUAUAUAUAUAUAUAU